AUAAAAUAAAAAACAAAACCAUGCAAUACAUAUGAUAUAUACAAAAAUCGAAGCAUUGCAUAGGCACAUUCAAAAGCUUUUUAAAAUUUAAAAAUGUCUUUCUUGUGUUUUAUCUAGUCUAGAUAGAUCUAUAAACCUCCCAGCCCCCUGGAAUUCUUGUUAUUGUGAAAUAAAAAUGCCAGUGUCUCAUGAAUUGACUAGAUCCACUUGUGAUAAUGAUGUUAUAGAAGACAUCGAAGACAUAAUUUCGGCUAAUCAUUCUCAUGAACAACGAGAAGGAAAUCGCCCUUUAAUUAUUCCUCGACCACGUUCUAAAAAAACGAAGACAACCACGAUUGCUGAAAAGGUUAAAUCCAUUGAUCUAGAUUAUUGUGAUCCAGAAGGGAGUUUGGCGAAUGAAAAACGAGACAGCUAUGUACCUGGUACACAAAAAAUAUAUGUUCGUACAUGGGGCUGUUCACAUAACAGUUCAGACAGCGAGUACAUGGCAGGACAACUUGCAGCUUACGGAUACAAGAUAACAGAACAAAAAGAAGAGGCUGAUUUGUGGUUGUUAAAUAGUUGUACUGUUAAGAAUCCAGCAGAAGAUCACUUCAGAAAUGCUAUCAAAGAAGCUCAGUCUAUGGGAAAAUUAUUAGUUGUGGCUGGAUGUGUCCCACAAGGGCAUCAGAAGGCUGAUUACAUUCAGGGUCUGAGUGUCAUUGGCGUUCAACAAAUUGACAGAGUGGUGGAGGUGGUGGAGGAAACUUUUAAAGGUAACUCUGUACGACUAAUGGGGCAAAAGAAAUCAUCUGGUAAGAAGGCUGGUGGUGCUCCUUUAAGUCUACCAAAAAUAAGAAAAAAUCCUCUUAUUGAGAUCAUAGCUAUAAAUACUGGAUGUUUAAAUCAAUGUACAUAUUGCAAAACUAAACAUGCAAGGGGUGAACUUGGUAGUUACAGACCAGAAGAAAUUGUGGAGCGAGCCAAACAGUCUUUUUCAGAGGGAGUUGUUGAGCUUUGGUUAACUUCUGAGGACUUGGGAGCAUAUGGCAGAGACAUUGGUGUCACUCUUCCGGAACUGUUGUGGAAGCUUAUUGAAGUUGUACCACAAGGUGCCAUGAUUAGGCUUGGUAUGACGAACCCCCCUUAUAUUUUAGAACAUCUAGAGGAGAUGUCCAAGAUUCUGUCCCAUCCAAGGGUAUACUCAUUUCUUCACGUCCCUGUCCAGUCUGGAUCUGAUAGUGUUUUGAUGGACAUGAGGAGAGAAUACUGUGUUGCAGAUUUUAGGCAUGUUGUCGACUAUUUAAGAGAAAGGGUACCUGAUGUGAACAUAGCAACUGAUUUAAUUUGUGGGUUUCCCACAGAAACUGACCAGGAUUUCAAGGAAACAAUGGCUCUGGUUGAAAAGUACAAAUUUGCUAGUCUUUUUAUCAAUCAGUUUUUUCCCAGGCCAGGAACAUUGGCCUAUAAAAUGCAGAGAAUCCCUGCUCAAGAAGUGAAGAAGCGGACAAAAGUAGUUUCAGAGUUAUUUCAGUCAUACCACCCAUACACCCACAAGUUAGGGCUCAUACAAGAGGUUCUUGUAACAGAAGUGUCCUUUGACCAACAAUAUUUUGUUGCUCACAAUAAAUCAUAUGAUCAGGUUUUAGUUUUAAAACAAGACAAUAUUAUGGGCAAAAUUGUAAAAGUGGAGAUAUUUGAGACAGGAAAACAUUUCAUGAAAGGGAAACUUUUGCAAGAUGAAACUGCUGAACAACCUAAUGUACCACAUCCUUUGAAGAAAGGUCAAGUGUCAGGAGUUACAUUGGCUUCUCAGGAAAAAAAACUUCAGGUUCCUUGGUUUUGGUUAGGUAGCUCACUGUUAGGACUUGCCAUUUUAGUUCGAGCCUACACAAGAUUUAACAGAUGAUGAUUAUAUAACUAAUGGCAAAUUUUCAAAAAUGCAUUUUAGAUAUUAAUAAACAUUUUAGCCACAAUC